AACAAGCAGAAAAGAGAUAAAUAUAUUUUCCCUUGUAUGGCAUAUGCGUGGUAUUUUACACUGAUUCAGCUGAGAGGUUGCAUAUAUUUUCCCUAAUUAAAUUCCCAAUAUAUGCUUGCCAUUAAAAUUUAGUACUUCCCUUAAAUCUUUUUGUUGCAAAGUUUAAAUUCUUAUCCACAAUGACAGAAUUUCAACUGAAUUUCCAUCCAUUAUCCACAAAACACAAUCCUAACCAAAAACACAAUUCUCAUGCCGAGGAAUCUGAUACCCAGAAUCUGAUAAAAUUUCAUGAUUUCAUCCUCUCUGUCUUCAUCCACCGUCAUCAGUCUCUGACUGACUCUUUUCCCUUGAGUUUAUCUUCUUGAGCUACCAAUAAUUAAAAUCCAAAACCGACAUCACAAAAAAAAAAAAAAAGGCCAAAGAAGCAGUAAAAACUAAUGGAAGAAAUCAAGGGAUGUUUCCUGUUGCAAUUCCUACAAGGAAGAUGGUUCAUGAUGUUUGCUUCACUCCUGAUCAUGACAAGUGCCGGUGCAACUUAUUUAUUCGGCGCAUAUUCUAAGGUAAUAAAAUCUACUCUUGGCUACGAUCAAUCCACAUUAAAUCUCAUCGGUUCAUUCAAAGAUCUAGGCGCAAGUAUAGGAGUGUUAUCUGGAUUAUUAGCCGAAGUAGCACCAUUUUGGUUUGUGCUUUUGGUCGGUUCCGGGAUGAAUUUUGCCGGGUAUUUUCUGGUCUGGUUGGCCGUAACCAAAAGAAUCCGAACUCCAAAAGUUUGGCAGAUGUGUUUGUACAUUUGCAUCGGUGCAAAUUCCCAGAAUUUUGCAAACACAGCAGCCCUUGUUCCAACUGUUAGGAAUUUCCCUGAAAGGCGCGGAAUGUUGAUUGGAUUGCUGAAGGGAUACACAGGAUUAAGCGGUGCUAUUUUUACACAGCUUUAUUUAGCAAUUUAUGGGACCGAUGCCAAAUCCUUGUUGCUUCUAAUUGGUUGGCUUCCUGCACUGAUUUCAUUAGCUUUUAUAUUUGUGAUUAGAGAGAUGAAGAUCUCGAGUCAUCCCCGUGAAUCCAAAGUUCUAACCCAGAACCUAAUCAUUUCAGUUGUUUUGGCUAUCUGUUUGAUGGUACUCACAAUUGCACAAAAGUAUUUCAAGUUUUCUCAUCUUAAAUACGUCGCAAGCGCAACUGGUGUUUGCAUUUUGCUGUUUGUCCCUUGUUUGAUUGCAAUUAGAGAAGAGAGAUCGGAUUGGAGAAAGAAGAAGGAAGAAUUAUCAAAACCAAUUGAAAGGGUAGCAAUUGAGGAGCCACCAAUCCCUGAAAGUACUCAAUCCCCUCAUCCCCCUGUGUUUGUUGAAACAGAGAAGAAGGAAUUCCAGGAAACCACUCAUUGUUUUGCACACAUUUGUAAUAAGCCGAAAAGGGGUGAAGAUUACACCAUUUUACAAGCUCUGUUAAGCACAGAUAUGUUGGUCGUUUGCAUUUUCACGUUUUGUGGGCUUGGUUCCAGCUUAGCAGCCAUUGAUAAUCUAGGCCAAAUUGGGGAAUCAUUAGGAUACCCGACGCAAACGAUCGGCGCAUUUGUUUCAUUGGUUAGCAUUUGGAAUUACUUUGGCAGAGUCUUUUCUGGGUUCGUCUCUGAGAAGCUGCUGAUGAAUUGGAAAGUUCCCAGGACGGCAAUGAUGACGUUUGCGCUGGUGAUGCCCGCCAUUGCUGACCUCAUCAUUGCUCUGCCAUUUCCGGGCUCUGUUUACAUCGCCUCAGUGAUGGUUGGAUUCUCGUACGGCAUCCAAUUAACGAUGCUGUUCGUGCUGACUUCUGAGCUUUUUGGGUUAAAAUAUUACUCGACUCUGUUCAAUUGUGCUCAAGUCCCCAGCCCGAUUGGAUCAUAUGUACUCAAUGUGAACAUUGUUGGAAGGCUUUACGACAGAGAAGCCCUGAAGCAGCUGGCUAAAAAGGGGAUGACAAGAUCAAUGGUGAAAGAAUUGACCUGCAUUGGAUCACAGUGUUACAGAUCGGCGUUCUUGAUUCUUGCCGGAGUUAACAUUUUCGGAGCGGCUGUAUCGAUGAUUUUGGUGAUGAGAACUCGGAAAUAUUAUGCUUCGGACAUAUAUGAGAAAUUCAGAUGUAAGGUUCAGACCGAGGAGGAGGAGAUGAAGUGAUCAACUGAUCAUUAAUUUCUUCACUCAAACAUGGUAGAAUUGAUUCUUUAGGUAAUUGUACUACUUCUUUAUGGUUAUCUAUUAUGAUAUUCUCUCCAUUCCAUUUCAAUAGCCUCACUUCCUUUGUUGGGAUGUUUCAAAACUUAGUCC